AUGUAUGUUUAUANACGCUUCAAUACGGCGACAACAUUUCCUUUGAGAGGCUCAUUAGAGCAGUUGGGCUUAAGAGAAAUCUUCAAUCCACAGCUUGUAAAUUUCGAUAUUUUGUCGAAGCGCUUGUUCGUGAAAGACGUCGUACAAACCACAAAAAUCAUUGUCAAUGAGGAAGGCACUGAAGCGGCUGCAGUGGCCACAGCGAUACUGACUAAUAAAAUUUCGCCGCCAAAAUUCUACUUUAAUCGUCCAUUCUUGUAUUUGAUUGCAGAAAAGCGUUCGAAUUCAUUACUUUUCGCCGGACAAAUUGCGAAUCCACAAUAAUAAAAUUAAAUAAAUAAAAAAAUUA